GACCAACACCUGGUUCGAGCGCAUGGACCGCGACUCCAACCCUGACGCCGCCCUCCGCAAAUCUCAGGGCCAGCUGGAUCGUGAACGGGAUGCGGAGAGCGAAGCGGACGCGUGUUCGCGGUGCCUCUCGGCGGGGGCGGGGGAGGGCGGGGGCCUGCACGUGUCGGAGCAGCUGCGGCUGUCGCGGGGGCAGCGGAAGAAGUCGGUGCUGGUCGUCUUGGCGCUGUCCUUCCACUCGGUCUUCGAGGGGAUGGCCAUCGGUCUGGAGCGGAACCUGGACGACGCCCGCUACCUCUUCGCCGCGGUCGCCCUCCACGAGUCCACCAUGCUCUUCUGCAUCGGCCUCGAGAUGGUCGCCUCCCAGGCCGCCCCCACGCCCACCGCCACCAUCGUCCUCAACCUCGCCGCCCUUGCACUCGUCUCGCCUCUCGGCAAGUAUCCACCACAGUCAACAUUAUAA